GAUGUUGUUGUCAGCUGACUGUUCUUCCUCUCCGCCUGUCUUCUGCAUGACUUCGUGUUACAUGUUUACUCAUUUACACCUGGUUUAAUUUAGCUGAAAUACUUCAUAUAGAGGGAACACAGAGAUAAAUGAAAUGUCUGCAAAACCAACCUGUUUGAUAGUGGCGAGCGCUUCCGCUCAAGGAGUGUCAGCAAAGUCUUUCCAUCAGUCCUUCAGCCUUUGUUCAUCCGCGUUUAAUCUCCAAACAGCAACACCUGGGGGGAAGCCAAUAGAUUUUGUUGGAGUUGAUGAAAGCACUGCCAGAUGGGUGCAGGACUUCAAUGUGAAACCCUAUGCAACACCGGCCAAACUUGAAUCUAUAGAUGGUGCUCGAUACCAGGCCCUGCUCAUCCCAGACUGCCCUGGAGCACUGAAUGACCUGGCACACAGUGGCUCUUUGCACCGCAUUCUCACACACUUCAUCUCCCACCAAAAGCCAGUCUGUGCAGUGGGACAAGGAGUGUCUGGACUUUGUUGUGCCACUGAGGGACAGAGUUGGAUCUUCAGUGGUUACAGCUUGACUGGGCCGUCAGUGUUUGAGCUGGUACGGAGGCCUGACUUUGCCAACCUUCCUUUGGUUGUGGAGGACUUUGUGAGGGACAGUGGAGGAUCAUACACAGCUAGCCCUGAAGAUGCUGUACAUGUGGUAAUAGACAGACACCUCAUCACGGGACAGAACAUGCAGUCGACGUCACUAGCUGUGAAUAAUCUGAUCCUGCUCUGUAGUGCGAAGUGAAAACAGAAAAUGUAACAUCAGGAAAAACUGCUGAGUCAUUCCAAGUUUAUAUUCAUGUAAUUAAAACAUUCAUUCCAGACAAAUAUUGGAAGAGUCCGUGUCAGAACAGAUGUUUGACAACACUGUAUAUAAUUUUGACCCGUGUCAAUAAUACAAAGAAUAAAAUUAAUAAAACUGGACAAUCAAAUGCCUUGAUUUGAAGGUUAAAAGAAGCUGCAACUUGGGUUGUCCGAUGCAAGACAAAGCUAAAAUUGAUGCAUCUUCACAGCAAGCAGAAACCAUCAAAUUCCCUGUGUGCAAAAUGGUUUGAGAAAUGGAGGUUUGAACUGAAGAGAGGCUUCAGAUUUCAGAAGGCCUCUGAAAAAUAACCCUUCAUUUUCACAUACAUGUACAUAUUAAUGAUCAUGCACCUUCGUUGUGAAAUGGAGAUGUUACUGCACUCUGACUGAACUGUACAAGUUGAUUUCUUUCAGUCGGUUUCAUGAAAAAGAAUACAACUUAAUUAGGUACCUAUCAUCCACAGCUAGCAUCCUCUGAAUCAACAAAUCCCAGAUUUGUUCAAAUUGACUUUUAAACCGCGAACAGGUUGAGAUCACGUCACCCACUUAUAAAAGAAGAUUUACACCAGCUUGAGCUUAUAGCCUUAAUUUUUUUGU